AUGAUGCAGGGGCUCUUCUCCAACCUGGAUCCUUACCAGAAGUUCUUUCAGAUGAUCCUUGUCCUGGGGAUUGGUGGGAACUUUAUCAUUGGCUACCAGAUUUCCGUGAUCAAUUACCCAUCUGUGUACAUCAAGAGGUUCAUGAAUGAAACCUGGCUGGAGCGCACUGGAUCCCCCCUCAAUGAGAAGACACUGCUCUUCCUGUGGUCAUUUGCCGUGUCUGUCUAUGGCAUAGGAGGUGUGCUGGGAUGUCUUUGCAGCGGAUUCCUGAUCAUGAAAUACGGGAAAAAGAAAUGCCAGCUGAGCACGGACCUCCUGGUCAUCCUGACGACCGUAGUCAUGGUCUGCAGCAAGAGAGCCAAGUGCUUUGAAAUGAUUCUGCUUGGACGAUUCUUUUACGGGAUCAGUGCUGGCCUCUGCCAGACCAUUCAUUCUCAGUACGUUGGAGAAAUUUCCCCCAAGAAAUGGAGAGGACUUGCAAAUGCUACCUCGGGAUUCUUUUGGUCUCUGGGGAAAUGCUGGGGCCAAAUCUUGGGACUCAGGGAGCUCCUGGGAACGGAUUCAUCCUGGCCUCUGUUGCUGGCCUUUCCCGGUGUGGCAGCCUUCCUCCAGCUGCUCCUCCUGCCCUUCUUCCCCGAAUCUCCUUCUUAUCUCUUAAUCCAGGAGGGAGAUGAGGAUGGCUGCCUGAAAGCAAUGCACCAGCUGUGGGGCCAAGGGAAUCACCAGGAAGAACUUGGGGAGCUGAAGAAAGAAAUGGCCCCAGGAGGGCAAAGGAGCAAAGUGCUUUGGCCGGGAGAGCUGCUCCGUGAUGCAUCGCUUCGCCAGCAGCUGAGCAUCCUCGUGGCCGUCAUUGUCACUGUGCAGCUCUGUGGCAUCAACACGGUUUAUUUCUAUGCUUUCGAAGUGCUUCAGAGUGCAGGUUUAGAAGAGAGACUUAUCCCCUACAUCUGCCUGGGCAUUGGCUUCUCUGAGCUCUUCUCGUCUUUCCUCUGUAUAUUUACCAUUGAACAGUACGGACGGAGGCCGCUGCUAUGGAAAGGCUGUGGGUCGAUGGCCUUGGUGCUCUUCUUCCUCACGGGGACUCUUUCCCUGCAGAAAAACCUCCCCUGGAUGUCCCUCUGCAGUGUCAUCCUGAUUUUCUUGCUUGUCAUCCUCUUUGGAGUUGGACCAAAUGGAGCCUCAUUCUCUAUUAUGAUGGAAAUUUUCAGCCAGUCCGCCAGGCCAGCAGCCUUCACGAUCGGUGGUUGUCUAAACUGGGCAGCCCUCUUUGUUAUCGGAAUCGCCUUCCCUUUUGCUGAGGAAAGUCUGGGCCCCUUUUGCUUCCUUCUCUUCGCCAUCGUGCUCUCUGGCUCUGGGAUAUUCUUCUACUUAUUCCUUCCCGAGACCAAAGGCAAAUCUGCGGUAGAGAUCACAGAGGAAUUCAGCAAAUCGUCUUUGGGAAAGAAACUUGCUGUUCUCCGGAAAAAUUUCAACGAGGAUCAUUCGGUCUACUCCAGUUUUUGAGUUGCA